AUGACACUCCCCCUCGUCCCCCUGCCAUUCGCGCCAGAAAUUCUCUGGUUUACGCCCUCGGAGGGCUUUGUACAGCGUCCAGACCACUUCGUGGACCUGGUAAGCAAGGGAUCCGGCGGCAAUGUCAUGAUCAGAAACUACCAUGGGCACGCUAUCGACCAGCCUGGCUCGCGAGUGUGGGUAAUGGUAUGGAAAUCUCUAGCACACCACCGCGACUUCAUGGAACACGAAGCGUAUAUCGACGUCGCCUUACCAGUCAUGGAGGCCAUGGUCGGCACAGGCGACAUUACGCAGGUGCUGCUGAACAACCUGUCGGACUUUGAGCGUGCUCUCUCUGCCCCCGUCACCCAAUUUAUCCAAAUCACAAUGCGACCGUGGCACGACAAAAGCUACGAACUUCUUCCCCUCAUUGAACGGCUGAAGAAGGAUCUGAAGACGAUACCCGGAUGCUCUGUGUCGUGUUGGGGCCCUUCUGUAGAGAAGGACACCGUGCAUGUCGGAAUUGUAGGUUGGAAUAGCAUUGAUGACCGGGAUGCUGCCGUCGACGGACCACUAUACGACAUUAUCCGACAAGUCCAAGAACUGUCGAAAGUCGAGCUUCGAUACGCGCGAUUCAACCACGACCGCCACCACCACGACCGUUAA